GACCCAUCAUGUGCUUGGACUUCUUCUCCCCAGUCCCUGUUUGAACUCUUCUGCCACAAAUGUCAGCAUGGUGGUAACUGCCGUACAUUUGUCCCAGGACAGGGCAGAGAUGAAAAUUCUAGAAAUCAACCAGGAAUUGCGCUCCCAGCUGGCAGAGAGCCAACAGCAGUUCAAAGACCUCAAAGAGAAAUUUCUUAUAAGUCAAGCUACUGCCUACUCUCUGGCUAAACAACUUAAGAAAUACAAGUGUGAAGAGGACAAAGACAUCAUAGACUCUGUGCUGAGGGAUGAAGUGCAGUUCAUAGAGGAGAAGCUGGCAGAGAAGCUCAAGCAAGCUGAGGAGCUCAGGCAAUAUAAAGCCCUGGUUCACUCUCAGGCAAAAGAGCUGACCCAGUUACGGGAGAAGUUACGGGAAAGGAGAGAUGCCUCCCGGUCACUGAAUAAGCAUUUCAAGGCCCUCCUCACUCCUGAUGACCCUAACAAGUCCCAGGGUCAGGACCUCCGAGAGCAGCUGGCUGAGGGGUGCAGGCUGGCAGAGCGUCUUGUCAACAAGCUCAGCCCAGAAAAUGAUGAAGAUGAAGAUGAAGAUGAAGAUGUUACAGAUGAGGAGACUGAGAACAUACAGGAAUCACCUGCUCCCAGGGAGGUGCAGAAGGCUGAGGAAAAGGAAUUCCCUCAGGACUUACGGGAGGAAUGUGCUGUCAUUUGUUCAAACAGCUACAGCACUUCUGACUGCAACCAGCCUCACAGGAGCGCCAAAGUCACAUUUGAGGGAAACAAAGUCGACUCUGCUCUGGCCGUAGACAGCGAAUGCUCUCAGGAUGAAGGGGAGGAACCUCCAAACAUUCUCCCAGGAAAUCAAAAUGAUCAUGAGGAAGAGGAGGGAAAAGUACCAAUGCCCCCCAGGAACGGACAAUCAGUUGAGCCAGGUGAACUGACCAAACUCAGGGAUUUCCUGACCUCACCUGAUGUCUGCCUCUUUGGCAUUAUCACCAUGUUUACAAUUUCCCACAGGGAUCCCUCCAUCUCCUUCCUCCUCAGCUCAUUGUCUGCCCAGUUCACUGAGCACCUGCCGCUCUGUCUCCUGCUUGAGACAGGGAAGGAUGGUUACGUCUUUCUGAGGGGACUGCUGAGCUGGGAGCUGCCAGAGGUAAAGGAGCAGGAAGUCCCAGAGGACUCCUUGGAUGAAAUUUACUUGACUCCUUCAGUUCACCAUGACCUGUCUGACUGCCACCAGCCUUAUAGCAGCACCUUGUCCUCACUGGAUGAUCAGCUCGCAUGCUCUGCUCUGGAUGUAGCCUCUCCCACCCAGGAGGCCUGUCCCCAGGGGACUUGCAGUGGAGACUGGAGCUACCACUUGGCAGAGGUGCAGGCUUCACAGACACAGCUGGAGCCAAGCACCCGAAUGACCAAUUGUCUGCAACUACAGCUGGAUCAAGGGAUCGACUUCGGGAAUGGCUUAGCCAGGCAGGGCCUUUCCUCCACCACCUGCAGCUUCACAGCCAAUGCUGAUCCUGGGACCCAAUGUCCCUUUCAAGAGCUGGUUUUAGAGCCCUCCGCUGGGAUGAAGAACCCUCUGCAGCUGGAAGACGAUGCACUUGAAGGCUCAGUGGACAACACACAAGAACGUCAAGUCAUUGGCCAUAUUGACCACUCAAGUGUCCUAAAACCAAAGAGUAUUAAAAGAAAACUCCCAUUCAGCAAGUGGAUUCCCUGGCUUUCACGUUUAGGGUGCAGAGCUCAGGUGCUCUUACCUGAGGAGCAACAACUACAGGUGAGGGCCAUGGGAAGGGAGGGCACAAAGAGAGAAGAGAAGGGACAAGCUCUCAGAAUCCUGUGGGUUCAUCACACCGGAAAGGUGGAUCCAGAAAAGCCAUGUUUGGCAGGUUGGGCAGUAGCAGCGCUAAUCUCCGAGCCUGCAGCCCCUCGCCCGCCCUUAUCUCAGGCUUGUUUUGACAGCACCCGGAGCUGGUCCCACCAGAAGAGCAGCAGCCUCGCUCCUUUCCCUUUUCACGUCUUCUGCGGCAGCCCGUGGUUUGCUGCAGGGGGAAGGGAGAAACAAUCAAGCAUUGUCUUGUUGAAGACCGGCUGGGCCCCAGAAAUAGAGGAGGGAGCAAUCAGUCCAGCGAGGCCGUGCCUGGGAGGAGAAGUCCGGGUGGGUCUGUGGGGCUACGAGGCGAAGGCGGUGGCAGGUGUGGGCGAGGGGAGCCUGGAGGGGUUGCUACCGCCCGUCGCACCGCAAGCCCGGGAGGGAGAGCCCUGCUGUGCCCCGUGA